AUGAAAGCAAAGGGCAUUCAUCUCCGGAAGAGUUCAAAUUGUUUGACAGACAUCAACUUCUUCUCCUUCGGCUUGUUCGCUCAACUCCACCUUCCUGUCUUCCUCGUUGCUGAUGAUGACAUAGUGACCUACUCCAAUCUUAUUACAUUCGAGAUGUCGCCAGACAUCAAUACUGACUUUGGCGUGAUAUCUUACUGCAAUUUCAUGAAAACGUUGAUCAACGAUGUUAAUGAUGUAAAGAUGUUGCGGGAGAAAGGCAUAUUGUUCAGCCAGUUGGCGAAUGAUGAAGAAGUGGUUGAAAUAUUUAAAAGCAUCGAUACUUAUGGAUUUUCAAACUUUGGUCUAUUUCAUGAGGUGAAGAUUGAUAAGCACUGCAACAGCAAAGCCAAGACAUGGCUGGCCGACCUCAUCAAUACCAAUUUUCGGAGCCCAUGGACUAUGCUUCACGAUAUUGAUAUGGAAAUCAGCGCAGACUUAUCAAGAGUACAUCAACCGACUGAUCUAGCAGACACGCUUUCACCUGUCAUGCAAUGGUGCACAGACUGA